AUGACUCGAGGAGCUGAUUGGGAAGAUUUACCAGGUUACGAGACGAUGCUUUACGCUUAUAAAUGUAUUAGGAGGAUACCUAAUUCAAAUCCUUUCCCUUUAAAUUAUUCGCUUCGUGAAAAUCAUUUUGAUAAUUCUCAACAACUUGCCAUUGAAGCAGUAUUAGAUUUGAAUAAACCCUUAGUGGCUGUUCAUGGUGCAGAAGGUACUGGGAAAAGUCGAUUACUUUUAGAAUGUAUUGACAUUUUAGCUAGACAGGGUAAACGAAUUUUACUUCUUUGCAAUAUCUCUUUGACACAUCUUUAUAGAUUUUUACUUCAAUACUAUAAAUUAACAAAAAGAACAGAUUUUAUCAUUUUUAAUGGUUAUGAUGAAGAAUUGUUGAAUUCUUGUAUUGAUGAUGCUGAAUUACGUGAAAUAUUUGUUAAUAAAAGUGUUAGAAUGGAUAUAACAUUGUCAAAUGUUAAAGAAUUUUGCGAACGUGAUGAUUGGAGGAUUGCUUGCACAAGUGGAAGUAAUUCUUUAUUGGAUGCUUUUGUUAAAAAUAAAAUUUCAUUUGAUUUUUUUCUGGCUGACGAUGCUGGGCGAAUUAAUUCCUGUCGUGCUCGUCUCUUUGGUGAUUUUCAUAGUUUACAAUCUCCAAUCCAUAGCCUUCAAGCUUAUCAACUUAAAUUUCAUCGUUCACUUUUACAACAAUUGAGUGAACAAUUUGGCAGCGAAGUUAACUAUUAUUUGUCUACACAAUAUCGUUCAAAUUCCAAAAUACGAGAAUGGCCUAAUAAAAUAUUUUAUAAACAUGAAGCGCCUUUAAAUGAUAAAAAUGUUCGAGAUAUUUGUAUCGGAGAUUAUUUAAAUGAAGAAAAAGUUGAAAAGAAUAAUUUAGUUAAAGAACCUUUUGUCUUGGUUGAUACUUCUAUUUUAAGUGGAGAAUGGAAUAAACAAAUGUUUAUUUUUUUAGACUCAAAAAUUUGA